UACAGCACGCUUCCGGCGACUAAACACUCGCUCAUAGGCUGAUCUCAGUUGAGUCUGUUGAGGUCUCAGCUCCCCAUGACUACAACUGAGCAGCACCAAAAACACAAAGAACUGAGUGUACAGCAUUUAAGGCAGAGCAAACGCACAGAACGAAAUGAUUUUAAAGCUUCACUUGCAUAUAGGGCUGAUCAGUAAAGGUGUCCGAUUCAAGCCGAACAGUUCGCUCAGUCUGAAAUAUGGAACAUACUCGGCUGCCCUGCCAAGUACUAAUCAUUCUUAUUGGCUGCAAAUAUGCCAGCACGUUAUUAUAUCCGGCAUCAUCUUCCCUGGGGCUCACCUCAUCGGUUUCCGUGCCUAUUGCUGAGUUCUAUCCGGAACGUCGUAUACUGAUCGAUUGGUGUUUUGCCAUUUCCUACGACUUGCCCAGCGACUUGAGCUCAUUUUACAGCAUACCCAUAUGGCCGGGUUUUGCAAACUAUCAAACCAAGCGGGAACUACCUCGCAUUGGUAACAAUGAACUGAGCUUGUAUGCGAAAUAUGGUUACAAUGCAUUGACACAAACACAUCCUAAGGAUUUCUCAGCUGGUGAGCUUUAUGCGAGCAUUGAGGAUGCAUUCACAUCAUAUGGAUUCCAUGAGACCUGCCUAUUGCGCAGCGUUUGUGAACUGGCUAAGCAUCCGUUUGACGAUAUACAUCAGCACAUAUUAAUUGAAAUUUUGACGUUUAUAUUGAGUCCAACACAGCAUGACGGCUUUCUGGAAAGUGAGCAUGUCUAUAAGCUGGCCUACGAACAGGCAGAGCUUGAUGGAUUUCUUGGCAACGAUUGCGGCAAGCUCUAUGCGCAUUGCAAACACGAUAUCUUGAGACUUAUUAGCAAUGUCAUCUUUCACAAUGAUUAAAUACACUGAAUAAUCAGCACGUGAUGUAAACUGUAAA